AUGCGAUUCACCGUCUCUUCGCUGCUUCUCUUUGGCCUUCUUUCCCCUUCUCGGGCUGUGACCGUAAAUCAUGACCUACGGGAGGAAGCAGCUGCAAGGGACUGCUGUCAGACCUUGCAACGACAGUUAGGCCCGACGGCCGUCCUCUUCCCAGGAUCUUCAGGGUUCCAGCAACUCGUUAACUCGUACUACAGCAGGCAAGAGUCAGAGAUUGUCUCUCAGUGCCGUGUCAGCGCACGUAGCGCCAAGGAUGUCUCAGACGCCAUCAAGGUGAUUACCAACACGGGCUGCAAGUUUGCUGUCCGUUCAGUCGGGCAUAUGCCAUGGGCCGGCGCUGCUAACAUCGCGGCGCCUGGUGUCACGAUCGACUUGAAGCUCAUGGACAGUGUCAAUGUAUCGGCUGAUAGGAAAACAGUCAGCCUUGGUCCCGGAGGGUCGUGGGGACCUGUCUACGACACGCUUGAUCGCUUCAACUUGACUGCAGUUGGAGGCCGUUCUAACACUGUUGGUGUAGGAGGCUUCACCCUCGGUGGUGGCUUUUCGAAUCUUUCACCGUCGCACGGUUUCGCUUCUGAUAAUGUCAUCAACUAUCAGGUUGUCCUCGCAGACGGUCGAAUUGUAAAUGCGAACAAGAAUUCGAACUUCGAUCUCUAUCGUGGUCUCAAAGCGGGCAGCACCAACCUUGGGAUCAUCACUCGCUACGACGUCAAUGCCUUCCCUUUGACGCCAAAGUGGGGCGGAAGCAGGGGAUACAAUGUCUCACAAGGUCCCGCCAUAUUCGAUGCGAUGGCUAAAUUUACUGGCAAGCUUCCCAAAGAACCCCUUGGUGGUGGAUCAGUCGUUUGGGGGUACAACGAGCAGAUGAAGAAUGAUACCAUCUUCGCGACAUUUGCCUAUUUGGGCGCCGACGGUACCCAAUCCAAAGCGGAAUUGUUCUCGGAGAUGCUCGACGUCCCAUUCAAUAGUGAUACCAUCCGAACCAACACCAACCAACAAGCUCUUUCCGACGAAGUUGAUGUCGCCUUCCCUCCCGGCUUGAGGCGCAUCUUCGCUACCCUGACUUUCAAGGUCGAUACGCAAAUCGCUGUAGGCGUUUAUGAGAAGAGCCACGAAGCAUUCGCCGGUCUCGUUGGCAAGGAGGGAAUAUCGUGGUCGGCUUCUUUCCAGCCCAUCUCUGUAACCCAUCUCCAGGCCACUCAACGGGCGGGAGGUACCCUUCAAGGACUCUCUCCUAAAGAUGGAGAUCUCAUAUUGCUCAACCUGAACAGCGUCUGGGUCAACGAAUCUGACGACGCGGCAAUGCAAGCGGCCGUUCGCAAGGUCAUCAACUGGGCAACCCAAGAAGCCAAGAAGCGAAACGUUCUCCACCCCUGGCUGUACAUCAACUACGCCCUUCCGGACCAAGAUGUUUAUAGUUCUUAUGGUCGAGACAACAUCAAAGUCUUGAAACAGAUUCAGGCCAAGUACGAUAACAAGAAUCUGCUCGCGAAGCUCUGGAAGGGUGGUUUCAAACUCUAG